AUGGUGACGAACAUACUGGUUCCUGGUUUUAAGCCCGAGUCGCUGACCGUGGCCAAAUUAAGGAGGGUUCUGACAGAACAUGGGGUCGAGUACCCUGCUAAUGCCAAGAAGGCCGAGCUGGCGAAGUUAUUUAAGAAGCACAUCAAGCCGAAGAUUCCUGAGAUGCGUAAGAAAGAGAAAGGUGUGCGGGCUAGCAGUGACGGUAUCUCCAGAAUUACUUCCAAGAAGAAGACUAUGAAGGAAAUAAGGAAAGCACAGGCUAAGCAAAAGGUUGUACCUGAACCUAAGGAGAGCUCAGAGAGCGCAAGUGAUAGUGAAAGCGAUACUGAAAGCAGCUCUUCCACUGCUAGCGAUAGCUCCAGCGCAAGUUCAAGCUCAAGUUCAAGCUCAAGUUCCAGUAAUAGCUCCAGCUCAUAUGAAAUGGAACAGGAUGACACAGUUGAAACCGAAAAUGAGUUCCAAACCGCUAGGUCAAAGAGGAAAGCUGAACAAGAAGUAGAAGAAUUGGAAAAAGUAGAGAAGAAACCCGAAGAGCCAGUUCACUUGGAUUUCUCCUACAAGAAACAGAAAGGGAAUGAAUUGGACCACUUAAAAUCGAUAAAAGUCAGUGAUAAGAUGGCGAGUCUGAUUAACAAUGCAAUUUCAGAUAUGGAGAAGGAGAAGGAUAAAGAAAAUAAGGAUGUCAGCAUGCAUGAUGGCAAUGACAGUGAACCGUCCAGCAGUAGCAACUUAAUCUCUGAUCAGGGUGCCCCCAAAGAGUCUGACGCACAACCACACACUAGUGGGACUGAUAUGUAUAAUGCCUUCAUCAAAGAGGAUACACCUAGUGAUACUGCACCUGAAGUGGAAGAACAAACGACACAAGUAAAAAACGAAAAUUCCUCAACGGAAGAUUUUGGUAACGAAGCCCAGCCCCUGGACAACUCAAAUGAUAUCUCUUUGACUUCUAAAACAACUGUACAAAAUCCUUUCGCCGAUACAUCAAACUCAAGCAUCCAAGAGAUCAACAUAUCCAGGCCUCAAGUAGAUAAUUCAUUCAGCAACACCAUUAACUCUGACAAUGUAUUCAUUGGCAAACUCAAAUCCGAAAACAGCUUUCUAUUUGAUGACCAUGAAGAGGUCGCUGAAGAGCCUGAGGUCAAAACAAUUCAGAUUGAGGAAGUUGAAUCUGUUGAUGACGAAGCUAGUGAGUCUGAUCUAGUUAAAGAGUCAACAGAAGAGAUAAUGAACCCUCCACCAAAAAAGUCGAGUUUUGUAUGCAAGGCUUUGAAGCUUUUAUUAAAAUUGAUUCUUCUAAUUGUGGCGGGUGCCUUAAUUGCUAUUAUCAUAAACUUAGCUGUCUGGUAUAGGGAACAGUCUAUUAUGGUUGGUUAUUGUGGACAAGAACGUGAAGGUAGAUCAGAGUACUUCGAAAAGCUGAAUUUACCAUAUAGAGAUGAGGUUGAAUCCUUUUUAGAGCCAUACAAACCAGAAUGUCAAGAAUGUCCUGAGCAUGGCCUGUGCUAUCCAAAUUUAGAACUAAGAUGUAAACCCGGCUACAGGUUGCAAAAUUCUUUGUACAGUUUGAAUGGACUAAUACCUAUUGGUGCAUCAUGCGAGAAAGAUGAUGAGAGGGAAAGAAUGAUUUCUGAGAUUGUUGCAAAGGCACUUGAAUUACUCAGGAUUAAAAAUGCACAAGUCGAAUGUGGUGAAUCCAGUGACGAUAUCGAAAGCGGUAUAACAGAAGAGAUUGUAUAUCAAAUUUUUGAGGAAUCAAAAAAAGACUGGAUAAGUGAAGAACAAUUUAACGAAUUAUGGUCUUCUGUGAUAAAACAAUUGGAGAAAGAACCUGAAAUUACUAUGAGGCAAGUGACCAAUAGACAUAGAGAACAGAUUAAGCCAAGAUAUAAAAGUAAAACCAAUGACAAUCAAAGACAGAAAGAAUCUAUUCCAGAAAGGAGAGAACGUGAAAACUUCAUUCUUCGGUCAUCAUCCAAGAAGUAUAUAAGCUUGGGGUGUCAUUUCGAGAAUGAAUUGCAUCAAACCAUUAUGAAAUACCGUAAGAUUAUUUUAAUAGUACUUGGAUUUAUAAUUUCCAUUGCGGUGAUUAGGUAUAGAAUAAAAACUUAUUUUGAACAGAAGAAGAAAAUUGCCAAUUAUACCAAUGAAGUUAUAGAGCUUCUGAAAGACAAGAAAGCUACAGAUAAAGGUGAUGCUUUCAUAAGUUCUGUACAUUUGCGUGAUUAUAUAUUGGAUGGGAAAGGUAGUACUAAAACUAAAAAUAAACUUUGGGAAGAAAUACUAAAAAAAUUAAACCAAAAUACCAAUAUUAAAUCUUCUCUUAUGGAAGUUCAUGGUGAUAUGAUGAAAUGUUUGGAAUGGGUUGGUCCGACUGAUGUUAAAAGAAAGAUUAAACCAGAUGGAAUUAACGAGAAUCAAUAA